UUUAUGAAAAAUAUUUUAUUUGUGAGAGGAGAGUAUUUGAAUUUGGACGGUAUUAGGUCUGUUUAUUUGUUGGAUUUUAAUGAUUUGGAGUUGUUGUUUUUGAAGGGGGCUGUAUUGGAUUUGUUGGCAGCUGGUGGGGUUGGUUUGCCGGUUUUAUCGGUUUCUGGUGUUAUUGAUGAUUUGUCUCAGUUGGAGUUUAGGAGGGUUCAUGUUUCUUUGCCUAAUUCUAUUAAGUUUUAUAGGGUUUUUAAUAAGAGGGGUAGGUUGGUGAAUUUGAAGUGUGAAUCUAAAGAUGUUUUGGGUCAAUUUAGGAGGCUUCCUUUUUUUUUAAGGAGGCGUAAUUUUUUUAAUAAGAGGAGGUUUUUGAUGUUAUAUGAUUUAAAAAAAUAUGGGAGGUUGAAGUAUGUUGGUGUUAGAGAUCCUUUUUUUUUUUAUAAUUAUAGGUAUUUUUAUGAGCGUAAGGGUUCUUCUCAUGCUUUUAUUAAGUAUAAGAGGUAUGAGAGGGAGUUAUUUUUAAAGAUUUCUGGGUAUAAUUCUUAUAAGAAAUCUGAGUUUAGUGAAGUGUAUUCAAAGAAUUAUAAAUUUGGUGGGUUGAAUACGUUUACUGAGUUGAAUAGGGGCUUAUUUCAUUUUAUAAGGUUGGCUAUUAAUAAAUAUUUUAAAAUUAUUAGUAAUAGGGCUAAUUUAAAAGAUAAAGUUUUAUUUUAUAGAUUAGAGCGUUUAAUUCAUGGCUCUUUUAACACUUUUUAUAUUUUAAAGUAUAAACAAGAUAAGUUAACUAUUAGAUCUAAGUAUAAAUUUAAGUGGAGGAGGUCACGAUUAGCUAUAUUUAAAUAUGUUGUAGGUCGUUAUAAGUAUAAUUUAAAAACUAAAAGUUCUAAAUCAUUUAAUAAUUUUUUAUUAAAUAACCCAGAUAUUUUUCCUGAUCCUAUAUAUAUUAAAAAAGAGGGUAAAUCUAAAUUAUAUUAUUUUAACUCUUUCUCAGAGUUAAAAGAUUAUAAUAAAAUUAAUAAUAAAAAUAUUAAAUGGCCAUAUUUUUUAGAGGACAAGCGCCUUAUUUAUAGUCUAGCAAGAAAUGCAGUGGAUGUUAGAUUAACAUCCAGGUUUUUUAAUACUUUUAAUAUAAUGGAUCCUAACACAUUUUCAACUAUGGCUAGGAUAGGCCAUUUUAGAGGAUUUUUAUUUCAAAAAGUUGAAAGGAAAUUUUCUUUUAAGUAUGCAGCUAGACAAAAGAUCCAAGAUAAACAAGAUUUAGCUAACUUAAAAAUAGAAAGAAGAAUUAAAUUAAAGAUUAAAAACGUUAGGAUAUUAAGAUAUAAACCAUAUCGUCUAUUGAGGCUUAGAAAAAGAUGUAAUAAAUUUUUCUUAACUAAAAAUAAACCUAGGUUAAGAAAAUCUAUCUUUGGAAUGGUCCAUAAAUAUGCCAAUUGUUUAUUUACUUAUCAUUAUAAAAGGGUUAUAGCCCAUAGAGUAAAGAAAAGAAUAUUGAGACAAAACAAAAGAAUAGGAUUAACAAAAUAUACUAAUAGGACAAAAUUCUUUUUUAAAAAGGGGGCGAUAAAACCUUUAUCUAAAAGGGGGGAGCCUUUUUAUGAGCAGGGUUCUUUUAGAGGAAGGGAUUUCUUAUUUAAUAUAAUGAAAAAUUAUAUUAAUUGUAAUACAUAUAAUAAUGUAGUUUUAUCUAAAGACUUAAACUCUCUUUAUACAAGGAGAGUAAAAACAGAAUUAUAUAAGUAUAAUAAUACAGAAUUUAUUAAAGACACUUUAAACUUGUUAUUUCCUGAAUUAGACUUUACUAAAGAUGAGUUAAGGACUUUUUUAGUAAAUAGUAACUUAGAUUCAUCUAAUCUAGAAAAAAAGAUACAUAGAAUUAAAUAUAAAACACACAACAAAUCAUUAGAACAUUUAAGAUGGUUUAAAUUAACAAAGCCUGAUAGUUGUUUUACGUCAGAAUUAAUUAAGUUAUUAGCUGAAGGAAAGUUAAACAUUAUGCUAUUUAAUAAUAUUUAUCAAGAGAUAGAGAAUGAAAAUAUUAUUUUAUUAAUAGAUUAUUUAAAAAAAUGUUUAAAAACUAGGCAGGUGUUAAUGGACUAUACUCCCAGUAUAGUAGAGAUAAAAAAAGCCAUUGAGAUAUAUAAGCUCUGUCUACUUCUUAAAGAAAUAGAUGAGGAAAUAGUCUCAACAUGUUUUAAAUAUUGA